AUGAGGUCCACGACACUCACGCCUUUGCUUCUUGCAUCGGCCUCUGCUCUCCCCGAACUGUCCAUCUCCAAGCGCGACAAGCACAACAAUGGCCGGACCAAUGUCUUUGCACGCGCCGUGGAGGCACUCACCUUCGAGAAGCGACAGGACGGCACGGUCUCGACGAAUGUUUUCAACGUCCUGAGCUGGAGUGCUGGAGGCGCAUACUACACAAACAUCACGGUCGGUACACCACCGCAAGAACAGACCGUCAUCAUCGACACCGGCUCCUCCGAUCUCUACUUCGACGCGACCAGCGCCGCCACUUGCAACCUACCGAGCACUAACGCGAACUCGUGUCAAGGCGGCACCUACGACCAAACGAAAUCGAGCUCCUACAAGGAAGUCGAAGCUUCUCCCGCUUUCAACACAAGCUUUGGCGAUGGAUCAUCUGCAACAGGCCCCUAUGGCUCUGAUGUAGUUGGCAUUGGCGACAUUCAGCUCUCUCCUGCCCAAUUUGGCGUCGCGGAGACGGUGGACAGCACAACCGGCUAUGCUAUCGGCUUGCUAGGCUUGGGAUACACCACGAAUGAGGCUGUCACGGACCCACGAAACUUUUACCAGAACCUCCCCGAAGUUCUCAAGGAGGCAGGUGUCAUCAACAGCAGACUAUACUCUGUGUACCUGAACGAUGCUCGCGCGUACACCGGCACUGUCCUCUUCGGUGGAAUCGACCGUUCCAAAUACACUGGGCCCCUCGCCACAGUCGACCUCAUCCCAGCAACCUACGGCAACCAAGUCCUCAACACAGUCAACCAAUUCAUCACAACAAUCACGGGCCUCAGCACCUCCGUCAGCGGCAGCAACAGCGACAUCUUCUCCGGCGGAGCCCCAGGAGUCGAAACCUACUCCCGCAACAGCGGCUCCCUCCCCGUUCUGCUCGACACCGGUAGUACCGCCUUCUCCGUAUCCACAGGAAUAUACCGUGCCAUCGUCCGCCAGUUCAGUCACGUCGACCGCAACGGUUACGUUCCCUGCUCCUACGCCAACUCCGGCGAUUCCAUUUCCCUCGAGUUCGACGGCAAAAUCACGAUCAAAGUCGAUGCCAGCGAUUUCAUCGUCCCGCUCAUCAACAGCACCACCCGCGAGCCGGAACCUUACAAUAACGAUGAAGAUGCAUGUCUUUUCCUGAUCCAGCCCUCACAAAUCGACGGUAUCGGCUUCGGAAUCGCCGGUGACGCGGUCUUGAGAUCUAUGUACGUUGUCUUCGAUCUCGACAACGGACAGGCUUCGAUCGCACAAGCCGCCGUGAACAGCACCGCAGACCCAGACAUCGUCACCGUGGCAGCUGGACCUACUGGUGUGGCCGCCGCCGUCUCGGGCGUCAGUACCCCGGCGCCGAAUUCCUUCUCCAUUGCACAGGGGAUCACCACGGCGACGCAGUCGUACGCGGCGAGUACAGUCUCACCGGCGGUUGGGCAGGAAACGGGCGAAGGCGCGAUUCCAGCGGGGGCGCAGGUAGACGGGGAAGACACGGGUAAUGGUGGUGGUGGUGGCAAUGGUGGGAAGCAUUCGAAGAAUGCGGCUGCCGGGCUGAUGGUGCCGAAGAUGGAGUGGAGUGGGGUGUAUGUUGUGGGGAUUUGGAUGAUGUGUGUGAUGACGGGGGUCGGGGUUAUGGUGUAA